AUGGCUACGAGCCGGAAACGAAGCAUCAAUCAAGUCAGUGGAAGCAUCCAACAUCACCACAACCCCAAAGUGAAGUCCAAUGUCAAGAUGAUGCUGAUUUGUUUCUUUGAUGUGAAAGGAAUUCUCCACAAAGAAUUUGUUCCUCCUGGUCAAACUGUUAACCAGGCUUUUUACUUGGAAGUACUGAAGCGUUUGCGAGAAAAGUUUUCUCCCACCAUCUGUAUUGUUUCUCUCUUUCAUUAUCAUUUCUGUUUGUCAUUUCUUUCUCUCGUUUCAAGUUAUUCUUUCAUUAUAUCUUUUUUUUCCUUUUUCAUUUCUGUUUCGUUCAUUUUCUUCGUGUUUUCUUUACCGUUUAUUUCUCUCUCGUUACUUUUUACUGGGGCUUUAGCCUAUUCAAGUUUUUUUUUCGUUUACGACUGCUUCUGCGUGAUCUAUCUAUCUAUCUAUCUAUCUAUAAAUAUUUAUAUGGAAUAUGAGCGCAGAGCAGCGGUAGUAGCUUCUUUUCGCGUCGGGAAGAAGCCCGCGGAAGUGAUGGCCUGGUUUGGGUUCAAGAGGACCAUGGUCAUGGACAUUUGGAGGAAGUGGAAGGCGUUUGAGAACAAGGACGCGUUUACUGUCAAACAAAAAGCCCACAACGUUCGUUCUUCAGCCGUUCGGACCGACGAGUUCGUCGCCGCCGUCAUGGAGACAGUGGACAAUGAUGGAAGUCAGAGCUACUCUAAGAUCGACGCUGACAUGGGCUGUCACAAGUCGAUGAUCUGCCGAACGAUCAAGAAGGACAUUGGUUACUCUUCCUACUGCAAGUCUCACCGCAUGCUCAUCACGAAUGUCUUCAAGGAGUCGAGGAAGGUCAAGGCGGCGAUUUUGCUGAACGAGAUCAAGCAAGUGUCAACUGUGAUGCUGAGGUUCUUUGCUGAAAAGAAUUUCAUCCAGGAUCAGACGAGCAACAGACAGAACGACAGUUCAUCAAAUUCUACCUUGAACACACACACACACAUAUAUAUAUAUUCUUCUCUCUUUCUCUCUAUCUAUCUAUCUAUCUAUCUAUCUAUCUUAUUUUGCUUUUUAUCUGAUAGUUUUAUGAUUUCUUUUUGCCUUUUUUUCUUUUCUCUAAGUAACAGAAAUUAA